AUGGUCCAUCCACAAGCUAAUGGACAAGUCGAGGUGACCAACAUAAUCAUUCUAAAUGGACUAAAGAAGAGGCUGGAGAAAGCAUUGGGAGCCUGGGUGGACGAACUCACAUCUGUACUCUGGGCAUAUCGAACCACGCCAAGGUCGAAAACCGGAGAAACUCCCUUCAGUUUGGUCUACGGGAUGGAGGCCUUUUUGCCAGUUGAAGUUGAAUUACAGUCUCAAAGAUCGAGCAGUUAUGAACUAGGGCAGAAUGAAGAGUCAAUGAUGGCAGCCCUGGACACAAUUGAGGAACUCAGAGGGCAAGCCUCGACCGGGAUUGAGGCAUAUAAACAAAGAAUGCGAGCAGCACAUGAUAGGAAGGUGAAGAUCCGCAGAUUCCAAGUUGGCGAUCUGGUUUGGAAGAGGAUCGACAUGUUGAAACAUGUGGGCAAGCUGGAACCAAACUGGGAAGGACCAUACCUGGUUGAGAAGGUGCAUGCUAGAGGAGCCUAUUCACUAAAAGAUGCUGAAGGACAAUCAUUGGCCAGGGGUAGGCGAGUGGUCGCUUGUUUCGAACAUUCCUUGGGGUGGGCAAGUGGUAGCAAAAGUCCUCGCCUCCAGGCAGGACGAUCGCUCUAUUUCGAACAUUCCUUGGGGUGGGCAAAUUUCAAGACCAAAGUCCACUCAUUUUUGGAACAUCCCGCGAUAGGGGUGGACGAGUGGUCGCUUGUUUCGAACAUUCCUUGGGGUGGGCAAGUGGUCGAGAAAGUCUUUGCCUCCGGGCAGGACGACCGCUUUGUUUCGAACAUUCCUUGGGACGGGCAAGUGUCAAGAACAAAAGUCCCAGCCCGACACCCACACGAACCUAAUGAAUACAGGGAACAUGUUGGAGACCUCGGAGGGGGUCUAUUUGGCAUUAGAGAAGGCAAGUGGUCGAGUAUGACACAGACCUUGUUGGUAAAUUUAAGGCAAUGCUUGAGGACCAUAGGACAAGCCAGCUUAAGGAUCCACUUCACAAAACGUGGCGAAUAUAUACAGUUACAAGCAAAGUAUUGGGAUUACGAGGGUACCUUGCAAGAUUUAAAUUGA